AUGAUCGAAGAGGUGGAAAAAGUUUUACUCAUCGUGCGUAGAAAAUCACAAAGAAAAGUUUUAUACAAUUUCACUAAUGAAUAUUGGAAUAAAGACAAAUAAAGUGCUCGAAUUGUAAUUUGAGGCUAGAAAAUCGUGCGCGUGCAAAACCAUAGUAACGAAAAAAUUGCUUAUUACUACGGUGUGGUAUAAGUAAAGUGAAGCAGCAGCAGCGUAUAGAAAACGGCUAAAAAAAUCCUAUUGGACUUGAAACCAGAUAGAAAAGCAAAGACAAGUCGUCGUCAUAUGCGAAGAGCGUCACAAAGAGUGAAGAAACAAGUAGAAAGCAAGAAGCAAAAAAGUGGAAGUUAAAGAGCAGUAGUAAGAGUGGGAGCGUUAAAUAAAAAAAAAAUUGACAAUUCACAGCAAAUGUUGGAAAAGUUUCCAUCUCCAAUUGUUCAUCUGUCCAUAGGGUCAUCACUGUGGUAGACCACUUAAAAGGCCUAGCGAACGGUUGGAAAACAAAGAUCAGCAGAGUGAAAAAUCACCGGAAAGGAAGAAGCUUAGUCCAGCUUAACCCUUCUCCAUAUUGCUACUGUUGUUGCUGGUCUUUGUCGUAAACUUUUAGACUAUGCGACUUUGCGCAAGUUUAACUAACGAGUCUUACGCUCUAUAGUGUUAUUGCCUGCGCCCUAUACGUUCCGGGAUACUCAUACUGAUCAAUACAUCCACCGCCAACAAUAGCGCCGCUACCAACGUUAAAGUAAAGUUGGUGACCACUGCUACUCUAGUUCAAAUCGUGACUUGUUCUUGUGGCUAAAGCCGAAGAAGCUAGAAGUGUUAAUCGUAGUUGUGGUGGUUGUGCGUACAUUGCUGGCAAACUACGCUACUGUCUUGCUGAAUUAAGCUUUAUACAACUUUUUCAUUUUGUUAAACGCAAUAAAUAAGAGAAAAAAAAAUCCGCACACUACAAGCCGUCGCUGUGAGGAUUCUAUUGCGAGCAUCGAUAUGGCGCUUGAUAUGGGAAUACCUGUAAACGGCACCAAUGCGCUGACAUCAUCCUUCACGGCGAAGAAAAAGGAUGCAUCUACUUCAGCCGAAGAGAAUUUAUGGUCUGCAAUUUUGAGUGAAGUACAAAAACAAGGCAGCACAAAACUUCCAUCAAACAAAUCAGUACUAGUAUUAGGCGAUAAUGCCACCGGCAAAACGACUCUCAUUGCGAAACUGCAAGGAGUUGAAGAUCCGAAAAAGGGCUCAGGUCUGGAGUACGCGUACAUCGAUGUGAAAGAUGAGUACAGAGAUGACACAACCCGAUUAGGUGUUUGGAUUCUUGAUGGUGAUCCAGGUCAUACAAAUCUGCUGCGUUAUGCCUUGAACGAAACGAACUUCGAACAUACCCUCGUCAUACUCACAGUCUCAAUGACGGAGCCAUGGGCAUGGCUAGAGCAGUUAAAUCACUGGAUUAAAGUGCUGUCCAAUCACAUUGAGAGCUUGAAGCUGGAGCCACAAGAGAAACAAGAAGCCCGACAACGGCUGAUCAAUACGUGGCAGAGUUAUUGUGAAGUGGGUGACGAUUUGGAUCCCGGUUCGCCAGUGAAACGUACGAUGAGAAAUAAUUCGAUUGAUGACGAUGAUCUGCUGCCACUCACCGAGGGGGCGUUAACCACAAAUCUCGGCUUGGAUAUUGUUGUAGUGGUCACAAAGACGGACUACAUGACAACGCUCGAGAAGGAGUACGAUUAUCGAGAUGAACACUUUGAUUUCAUACAACAGUGGAUACGACGCUUUUGCUUGCAGCAUGGCACAUCACUUUUUUACACAAGCGUUAAAGAAGACAAAAACUGUGAUCUCCUAUAUAAAUAUUUGACACAUCGAAUUUACGGCUUACCAUUCCGAACGCCUGCGCUAUUCGUCGAGAAGGAUGCUGUUUUAAUUCCUGCCGGUUGGGAUAGCUUGAAGAAAAUAAGUAUUUUGUACGAGAAUAUGCAAUCGUGUAAGGCCGAGGACUACUACACAGACAUCAUCUCGCCGCCACAAUCUAGAAAAACGGUGGCAAAUCGUGAAAUCGAAGUGCAAACAGAGGACGAACAGACAUUCUUAUCGCGGCAGCAAGAGAUACUCAAACAAGGCGGUCAAAUGCGUGGCGAUUCACCAUUGCGUUCGCAAGGCAGCGCCAACAAGAGCAUGCAACCACGCACACCCGGCACCGGCGGUCAGGGUUCACCUAUCAAGGUAAAUGUGAAGCCAACACCAGCUACACCGGGCAACGAAGGUGUGCUCGCCAACUUCUUCAAUUCGCUAUUGCACAAAAAAUCCGGUUCACCCGCCACACCUGCCACCCCGACCAAUACGCCCAACGCGAGCAGUACACCACGCACCAAUGGCACCGAUGGUACCAUCGAUAAGUUAGCGAUGCGCUCUGAUGCAGCAGCCGAACUGGAUCGUCUAACGAGGAGUGCGAAAAAAGAAAUGGAUUAUUCACAAAGCGAAUGUUAAACAAAGCGAAGUUGGCGAAUUUGUAUUAAAGACUAGCGAAGAAGAGACACAAGAACAAGAACAACACCACAGUGCGCUUUUUAACAACAAUCGAAGGCAUGAAGAAUGAGCAACAAAAACAAGAUAAAUAUAAGUGAAAUGAAAUGAGUGAAACUUAUGUGUAUGUAAGCGGUAAUAACCGAGUGUAAUGAAAAGUAAUCCCAAAGGGAGUAUAUUUAUACAUACUAGCCCUAGCGCCCCUUAACACUCCAUAUACGAACGAAAAAUUAACGGAUUCAUUAAAGGAUCACAUCCCUCAGCUAUUGAGAAACUCUCAUCUGGAUGGUUAAAAAAUGAUAUAUUUGCAAAUUUCAAAGCAAACAAAAAAAUGUAUAAUGCAAGCAAAAAGGCAAACGUAUAUAAACUUAACACAACAACAAAAGAAAACAAAAUAAGAAAGAAAAAAACAUAUGUAUUUCCAUUGUCGUCUUGCUUUAAGUUCAAACAUGUGUGACGCCUACUUUAGUUACUUUUAUUGCUUCCUAACAUGCUGCAGAUUUAUAGCAAUUAUUUUAAAUACCUUUUAAAUAAUUCAAUAAAUGCAAUUGUUUAUAAUAAGCGCUGAAGUUGCUGUAAAUGAAAAAUAAAAUAAAUUAUUAAUUAUUGAAGGAAAGCAAAGAAGCAGCAAAGGGAAGAUAAAAUAGUAAAAUUUGUUUUGUGUCAGCACAAGGUAGAGGAAUAUUGUGUUUUAAUGCUGCACACAAAAUACACAUAAAAUUUAGCCAGCUCGUUAAAGCGAUUUAGUCGGCGUAUGCAUGUGUUUUUAAGCAAUUUUAGAGACGUUCUUUGUGUUCCAAGUAAACGAUUUUGCUUUAGCGAAACUACAAAUAAGAGCUUGGCAAGGCAAUAUUGGCAAAUUGCCAUUCUUUAUUUUUAUAUGCUAAUUUUUAUAAUUUUUUGCUCAAAGCUUAAAGUAUACUAUAAUUUUAUACAUUAAAUUUAACUUAAAACACGAUAAUUUCAAUUCUAAACUGUGCAUAAAUAAGCAAAAACAAAAAAAAAAAACAAAGUAUAGCUAUUUGUAAAAUGUGGAAAUUCUAAAAGAAGAAAAUAAAGUAGCUAUGAAUGCGUAAA